UUUAACUUUGACUUGGAGUCAAUCAGAGUGGGAUCUUUAACUGUGCCUGCCACUGGGUCUCUUUGCCUCAGCCCACCACAUACACACUCACGGCAGUCAUCACACACACACAAACACAAAUACACACAUGCACGCUUGCACCGGCCAACAUAUGGAGUACUACUGCUUCCUCCUACUCUGGAUCUGCAGCCAACAGUUAGAAUUCCUCGACUGUUAUAAUAUCGACACGAAGAGACACAGAAUCAUCAAAGGCCCCAAACAAGCCCAGUUUGGAUACACUGUUCAGCAACACGUGGCUGCUGGAGGAGAGAAGUGGUUAUUAGUUGGUGCUCCGUAUGAAAUGAACGGCCCUUACCAGACGGGGGAUGUUUAUAAAUGUUCACUGAGCAGAAGAACCAAUGGCAAUGGCUGCUCCAAGCUCAACUUAGGAAGGAUAUCUCUGACCAACGUAUCGGAGAGAAAGGACAAGAUGAGGCUGGGAAUGACGCUGACAGCUAACCCUAAAGACAACAGCUUUGUGGCCUGUGGGCCUCUCUGGUCUUAUGAGUGUGGCAGCUCUUACUACAGCACGGGUAUAUGCUCCAGAGUCAACGCCAGUUUCAAGUUCUCCAGAACAAUUGCGCCUGCCUUUCAGAGAUGUGAGACCUAUAUGGACAUAGUGAUCGUGCUGGAUGGCUCAAAUUCCAUCUACCCCUGGUAUGAAGUGCAGGCUUUUCUCAUCAACAUUCUGCAGAAGUUCUAUAUUGGACCAGGUCAAAUACAGGUUGGAGUUGUUCAGUACGGUGAGAAGGUUGUCCAUGAAUUCAAACUCAGUGACUACAAAUCUGUUGAGGAAGUGGUGAAAAGAGCUCGCAAUAUCAACCAACGAGGGGGAGAGGAGACCAACACAGCUCUUGGCAUCAACACAGCACGCUCACAAGCUUUCAAACAAGGCGGUCGGCGGGGUGCCAAGAAGGUCAUGAUAGUGAUAACGGACGGAGAGUCACACGAUAGUGCCGAUCUCCAGCAGGCCAUCGAGGACAGUGAGAAGGAUGGCAUCACUCGUUAUGCAAUUGCUGUCCUUGGCUACUACAACCGCAGAGGAAUCAACCCUGAAGCCUUUCUCAAUGAAAUAAAAUACAUCGCCAGCGACCCUGAUGACAAACACUUCUUUAAUGUGACCGAUGAGUCAGCACUGAAAGAUAUUGUGGACGCACUUGGGGAACGCAUCUUCAGUUUGGAAGGAACCAGUAAGAAUGGGACAGCGUUUGGCCUCCAGAUGUCUCAGGCUGGAUUUUCUGCACAUAACGUUGAGGAUGGGAUUGUGGUGGGUGCUGUUGGGGCCUACGACUGGAACGGAGCGGUGCUGAAGGAAACAAGACAGGGGAAGGUGGUCCCUCCAAAGUCUUCAUAUGCAGAGGAGUUUCCUGAAGAGCUGAAAAACCACGGUGCCUACCUGGGUUACACUGUGACAUCUGUGGUGUCAGCCAGAAAUGGUCGUCUACUUGUUUCGGGCGCUCCCCGAUUCAACCACACCGGCAAAGUCAUCAUCUUCACUCUGACGAACUCGGGUAACCUCGCCAUCCUGCACUCCCUUAAAGGACAGCAGAUCGGCUCCUACUAUGGCAGUGAGAUUGCACCUGUGGAUAUCGAUGGAGACGGGAUUACAGACAACCUUUUGGUGGCAGCACCCAUGUUCUUUAGUGGAGGCUUGGAGAAGGGGAAAGUCUACAUCUACAGAGUCACAGAGCUGAAUCGUUUCGUCUUUGAAGGGUCUUUGGAAAUCCAUAAUGGUGGCCAGAAUGCUCGAUUUGGCUCCUCACUUGCUCCGGUCCCUGAUCUGAACGGUGACGGCUUCAAUGACUUGGUGGUGGGGGCCCCGCUUGAAGAUGACCACAAAGGAGCCAUUUAUGUUUUCUUCAGCCAGCACAACAGAAUUCUACGCAAAUACAAACAGAGAAUAGCCGCAGCAGAUCUGGCUCCUGGCCUGCAGUACUUUGGCCGCAGCAUCCAUGGCACGAUGGACAUGAACAACGACGGUUUAGUGGAUCUGGCAGUGGGUUCUCUUGGUGCUGCUGUUCUCCUCUGGUCGCAGAGUGUUGUACGGAUAUAUACAAGUGUCAGAUUUGAGCCCAGUAAAGUCAAUAUCUUUGUGAAGGACUGUCAGCGAGGUGGCAAAGACGUGACCUGCAUGUCAGCCAUUGUGUGUUUCAAUAUCACUGCCCGGACGGCCAUCCCUCCCACACAGGAAAUUGGGAUCAAAUUCAAUGUCUCCAUUGCUGAAAGGCGUUUUAAUCCUCGAGCAGUACUGGACAACCCGAACAAGCUGCAGAUGCAAAAUCUGACCCUCCUUCCUGGACAGGAGACCUGCGAGCACAUUUACUUCCAUGUCACGGAGACUACAGACUAUGCAAGGCCCAUAGUGUUUACCGCACAAGUGGGACUACAAGAUCCAGAUAAAGAACCAAUCCUGGACGACACCUGGCCGACUGUUGUGAGGACUGAGCUGCCCUUCUGGAACGGCUGUGACGAGGACGAUCGCUGCAUACCCGACCUAGCUCUGCAGAGUAUGACCGACCUGAUGACGCCAAAUCAUUUCUGCACACAGCCUGUGCAGUCCCGUGGAGCUUUCUGCCACCAUGUAAGUGAAGCAGGGACUGAAGGAUCUCUGCGUGUUGUGGAAGCCCACAGGAGGAGGAUGGUGGUUGAUAUACGACUGGAAAACAAAGGAGAGAACGCCUACAAUUCUCUUCUAAAUAUCUCCUACACGCCCAAUCUACGCUUCUCUAGCCUCAUAGUCAAGGACACCUCUGACAUCAAAAUCGAUUGUUAUGUGGAGGACAAACUGAGGAAUGAGAAGAUCUGCAAUGUCAGCACUCCAUUCAUGAGGGGCAAAAGUCAGGUAACGUUUCGUCUGGAGCUUGAGUUUAGUCGGACUGUCUUCCUGGACCAUGUCAGGAUUAUCCUGGAGGCUGAAAGUGAUGGCGAGGAAGAGAGCACAGCUGAUAAUCUCAAUGACAUCUAUUACUCACUGAGAUACGAGGCAGACCUUCUCUUCACUAGGGAUUCAAAUCCGACCCGCUAUGAGAUCAAAUCAGAGCUGUCGCUGGAGGAGCCUGGAGUUAUCGGACCUCCUUUCAACUUCACGUUCCAGAUCCAGAACCUUGGCUACUUCCCAGUAAAGGAUCUGCAGCUGAACAUUGAGAUCCCUGAAAUGACCAAAAAUGGGAACCAACUCCUGCAGAUAUCUGACUUUCAUAUCGACCAGAGAGAUGAUUCACACUGUUUACCACCUCAGCAUGUGGCACAGAGCAGGGCGUCACCUGAGGACCUUUCACGCUUCUCCCGCUUGAACCAAUCCAACACCCUGACUCUGCCCGUCCAGUGCACCGUCAAUGUGGCCGCCUACAGAGAAAUUGCAGUGAGAAUCACAGGAGCACUAAGAAUAGAUACCUUACAUGCACUGAAGUUUAAAAUCUUGGAGCUGGCAACCAGUGCAUCAGUGGAGCUUCCCUCUUCCAGCCCCAUGUUUCUACAUGAAGAGAGGCCUGUCAGACAUAUUGUUUUGGAGAUCAGGAAGGAGGGAGAUUACAGAAUCUCUAUCUGGAUCAUCAUUGGUAGCACGCUGGGAGGACUCCUGUUGUUAGCCCUGCUCAUUCUUGCUCUGUGGAAGCUUGGAUUCUUCCGGAGGCAGAAACGGAGAGAAGAGGACGAGCGGGAGGCAAACGGGAAAGUGGCCGAAGAACGGUAACGCAGGCUGUGGGCCCCCCAGCAGACACCUUUUCAAUAAGGGGACCCAACACUCAGGGACCAACCCACCUCCCCGCUGCUCCCCAACAACACAGUGGCACCGAAAAGACAGCCUUUUCGCAUGAUCGCUGAAGAAAGGCUCGUUCAGUGCACUGGAUCUGUCCCACGCCACCACCCCUGACCCCAGAGAGUCAGCACUGUCACACUCACUUAGCAUUCCUGCACUGUUGCGACAUUAGGGCCUUCUUUGUCCAUGUAUUCCACUGUCCUCCAUGUCGUAAAAUGUAUAGAUCUUUGAGCUCUCGCUUCAGGCUGGAGCUCUGACUCCUGGGCAUCAGAAAAGAAGAAUAGAGCGAGCUUUUUUUCCUUCUAUUCUAAGUAUUUCAGGCAACAAUUUGCCCUCAAGGCAAGAGUUAGCUAAUCACGCCUUCAUCUUUUCCUGAUGUAUAUUUAUUUAAGUCUUAUGAUCAAUUUUGAAAUACAUGAAAAACCUCAAGGGUGACAUUCCACCCAAAAGCUACCGCAAAUGUAAAGUUAGUAUUUUGUAUAUGGACUUCAAUUUUUAAAAGAUAUUAUCUGCAACAUAUUCAGCUCAUUAGCAUCAUAAUUUAUUAAGAAACAGAACUAAAGUCGCCAGAGUAAAGAGAAGAGUCAUGAUGCUUCACUUACGGAGACUUUUCUGGAUUACAAAAAAGAAAAAGAGAUUCUUCUAAACCUGAAUUCACUCCUUCUCUUUAAAUAUUUGAUGCACUUUCACUUUGUACAAAAUUAACUUGAAUUUUGUAAAUAGUCAAGUAUCUUUUUAUACGCUUUCAAGUAUUAUUAAGUUUUCAGUAUUUUCCACAUCGUUUGUGGCGUUACUUUGUAACUUAAAGAGACGAAUGAAACCAAACAGCUUUGUGUCACUGAACCUGUUACGAGACAUUGCAUGCCUUUUAACAUGCACUGCAUCAGAGCAAAAGAAUGUGCAAAAGAUACUGCAGGAAAGAGAUUUCAUAACAUGGAUUUUAUAAAGAGCUGAAGGUAAGAGAUGAUCAGAUUUCAUAGUAAAUGCACGCGGCUAUGUGAUCACCCUCCUGGUGUUACAGGCAAAAGUGUUUGUUGUAUUGGAUGAGGUGUGAAGAGCUGUUAUACGCCUAACAAAUAAAACAUUGUAUAUGUC